AUGAGACUCACCUUCAGGACCGUUGGCUACUGUGGCUACGGCAUCUACCACGACAUCAAGUCGCGCCUCCCCUACUAUGUCUCCGACUUCACCGACGCCUGGAACUACCGCGUUAUUCCCUCCACCACCUUCAUCUUCUUCACCAAUCUUUUACCCGCCAUCGCGUUUGCCCAGGACAUGUUCGACAAGACCCAGCGGCUGUACGGAUUGAACGAAGUGUUGUUGAGCUCUGCCAUUGGCGGGGUGGUGUUUGGACUUCUAGCCGGCCAGCCGUUGUGUAUCGUGGGUGUCACAGGCCCCAUCUCCAUCUUCAGCUACACCGUCUACGAGUUGAUCCAACCACGUGGAACGCCGUACUUCCCGUUCAUGUGCUGGAUCUACCUCUGGUCCAUGGUGUUCCAUCUUGUGAUCGCCGUGGCCAACCUCGUGUCGUUGUUGAAGAUCAUCAGCACGUUCUCGUGCGAUGUGUUCGGGUUCUUCAUCUGCAUCGUGUAUAUUCAAAAGGGCAUCCAGAUCCUCCUGAAGCAGUUCGACCAGGUGGACUUGGCCAGUGGCUACUGCUCAGUCAUGAUUGCCGUGUUGAUGGUGGUGUUUGGCGUGGGCAGCGGUGUGUUUGGCAGCCAGUUGCACUACUUCAGGCCCUGGGUCCGCAAGGUGUUUGUGGACUACGGCGUGUGCAUGGCAGUGAUCUUCUUCACGGGCUUCAUCCACUUUGGCGGCAAGCUCGACGAUACUCAGUUGGCCAGGUUGCCCAUCACAAAGUCGUUUGUUCCGACCCACCAGGGCCUGGACAGACAGCACGGCUGGUUCAUCCACUUCUGGCCAGGCGAGCACAUCGCCACCGCCGACGUGUUCUUGGCCAUCCCGUUUGCCAUCUUGCUCACGUUCUUGUUCUACUUCGACCACAACGUGUCGUCGUUGAUGUGCCAGCUGAAGGAGUACCCGCUCAAAAAGCCGUCCUCGUUCCACUGGGACUUUGCCUUGUUGGGGAUCACCACGGGGUUGGCAGGCAUCCUCGGCAUUCCUGCUCCCAACGGCCUCAUUCCCCAGGCUCCUCUCCACUCGGACUCGUUGGUGGUCCACAGCCGUGAUGGGAAGGCCAUCCUGGUGGUGGAGCAACGCGUCACCAACACCCUCCAGGGCUUGAUCACCAUUGUGAUGAUGACGCGUCCAUUUUUGGUGGUGCUUGGUCUCAUUCCGCAGGCGGUGUUGGCUGGGCUUUUCUUCGUGAUGGGCAUCUCAGGCUUGAACGGCAACAUCAUCACCAACCGCAUCCGCUACGUGUUCAUGGACCGCGACUACAUCGAGCACGAUCCGUCCUGCCCAGCCGUGUUCACCGACAUCCACGCCCUCAACCCCAACAGAUGGUACUACCUCUACUUGGUGCUCGAGAUUGUUGCAGCCAUGGCUGAAUUUGCCAUCACCUGCACCAAAGGUGCGGUGGGGUUUCCGGGAGUGUUGUUGUUCUUUGCAGUUUGUGCCAAGUGGGUGUGGCCAUUGUUUAUUCCUCAGGAGGAGCUAAAGCAGCUCGAUGGCGAGGUGGCAGACGAAUUCAUCAUCAAAAGUCUCCGGAUCGUGGACGAGGCCCGCAAGAGCACCAGCGACGACGAGGAAAAGCAGGAGCUGGUGCAUUCGCGAGCAUAUGAGGUGCAUACAGGAGGUGCAUAA